UGGCAACCCGAGCGGGCGCAGCCGGCUUGUCCUUCAGCCUCCCCCCGCGGCGGCACCGAGAGCGCACGGGCCCCUCCCGGGGAGAGGCUGCGGUGCCCGGCGGGGUGCGUGGCAGGAGGGCUGCCCCGGGUCCCUGCGCUCGGCGGGCGGCGCGCACGACGGUAAGUUGCAGCGGCCGCCGGCGGGCUGGGCUGGGCUGGGCUGGGCUGGGCUGGGCUGGGCUGGGCAAGGAGCGGCGGAGACGGUACGGGGGCUGCGCGGCGCCCGGAGCGCCGCCACACUGCAGCGUCUCCAGGAAUCCCUCCCGCGAGAGGCAGCCCAUCACCCCCGGCCCGCCGCCCUCAUUGGUUGGGGGGCGGGGAGACGGGCUCCGGCAGCCAAUCGGCCGGCGCACAGCAUGGGUGGAGCCGCCGCGCCGGCCUCGCCCAUCCCAUCCCGCGGCCGUGCGGUCCCUGUCCGCCCCGUCGGGCGGGGCCGGGCAGCGGCGGGCGGGGAGGAGGAGGAGGAGGAGAAGGGGGAUGAUGAUAAUGAUGAUGGGGAUGGUGAUGAUGAUAAGGAUGAGGGCAUCCCCGCGCAUGGCGGCCAGGGCUGCCUCCCGCCGCGGGGCCGCCGAGCCACAGACCCAGAGGCCGUCGGGCGAGCUCGGUGCCCCGCACCGCCAGUGCGGAGGGGAGCGGAGGGGGUACCGAUCUUGGCCAGGCUCUGCCGCUGCCCCCCGCCGCUCGGUAGUGAGCGAGCGAGAGGGCGAUUCGGGCCCUCCCGCUGCGGCGGGCCCAUGGGCAACCGGCGCCGGGCAGUCGCGACUGAGCGGUGAGUCGUGAUUGGCGUCUGUGGCUUAGGCGAGAGCAGACCUUAUCGCGUGUUCAGAUUCCAGUUUGCUUUUACUUCAGUGACAAAUGAACCAAAACAAGAGGUAGCCAUCUCCAAACUGACAGUGCAUCCAGCACCCUGGCUACUAGGUGGAGCUUGUUAGUAUUAGGGAUUUUGCUCUUGUCAAUGUGGUCCAGUUUGAGAGAAGUGGAGUGUUUGGGGGAAGAAGGUGGAGCUGUCAGUUGGUUGCUAUAGAAGAGACAGUCACAGCUGUAGUUUCAUCUCAUUUAUAAUCUGUCUAGCAAAUGCAAGCUCAUUUAUUUAUAGCUCCUAAUGCAAUAAAGUAAGUGAUUUGAAAACAACAAAUUAGUGGUCUCAAAAUGGCUGCUGAUCAUAAGCUUAUCUCUUGGUGAUUUCUAAGCAUAGCCUUCACACAUUUUUCAGUGGGAGAACUAUUAGCAAUCAACGAUAUCUCAGGAUGUGAGGCAAGCUCAGCUUAAACGAAGAAGCUUGCAUUCAAACUACUUUAUUGUUCCAGCAAGACUACUGAAGUGGGAACUCUUUAAUUGAAAUUUGAGGACUGCCACCUCUGUUCUCAAUUUGAUAUAGUUCAUAGCAUUUUCAAAUUGGGAUAUUAGGAGGGAGGGGACUUUGUGUGCCUUCUAAGGGACUGAUUAUGGCUGGGACAGAGUUCUUUAUUUGCAGUUAUAAUUUCUGUUGCACCUGAAUUCAUGGGUGGAUUCAUACAGAAAGACUGGAUGUUUACACCAUAAUCUAAAUUAUAUAGUGUUUUUCUAUCAAAACACUGCUUUAGUGUGAAUCAUACUUGUUGGAGUCUACCUGGUGUCUAAUCACUAUGUUAGCAAAUUGUAAAUUUAAGCCGCAGCAU